AGGACAAAAGCAGGAGCACUAUAGAAUGGGUGGAUUACUGGGCCUCCAUAAAGUGUCUCUAGUGUAAGAAUAUGUCCAAUAUAGCGAGACAGGAGAAAGGACGUAGAGAAAGAAAGAUAAGAGGAUAGGACAACAGGUGAAAGGGAGGUAGAAAAGGUGUUGAAGUACACCUGAAAAGCUGCACUGUACUUCAGGUGGCGUUUGUUGACAUAUGGCACAAGCUGGCCUGGCAAAUAUUGGGCACCUUGCACAGUGAAAUGCUGCUAUUUCUCAAGGUCUCGGAGGAGAACGAUUUGUCUGUUUAAGGGACGCACAGGUUCUGAGGAUGUGACUCAAGUAAAGUGACUUAGAGGAGGACAAGGAGGUGACAAACUAAUGAGAUGUAAACCUGAAGGAUUGAGACGAGUAAAGCGUCGAGAAGUAAAACAGUGUGACUCGGUCUUGAGCAUCUCUUUAAGAGAUCAGCAGUCCCACAGUCCCAAAGGCAGCCAAUGGAGAGGACAGAAAAAUGCAGGUAAAUUGAGAAGGAAAGGGAAUGAGACAGGGUAAGCGAGUGAAAGAGGCACAGAGGAAAAGGAACCGUUGGGAUCAGGGUGACGUCAGCGGCUCUCUGGAUUGAGGUGUUGAGUCCUCCUGAUUAUAAUCUGAUCUGAUUAGGAAACACAGGGAAAAAAAAUCUCCAGAGCCUCUGCAAGCUCUCCGGGGAGCAAGGCGCCGUUUUUACCGAGCGGAGAGGCCAAGGACCAAGAACAAAAUCAAAAGAGGAACUUAGGAGCAGUCUACUAAACAAAGUUAAGGCCUGUAUCUGAAAAGAGUCAGCUACACUAAGUGGUCUUCACUUUACUCUUCUCCAAUAGGAAGCAAAUUAACAAGUAGUGGAGCUAACAUUGUAAGUCUGCAGGCUCUUCAGGUUCUUCUCUGGACUUUCAAUACUCUCUGGCUUCCAUCUGGGUUGUAAGCCAGGAUGCCCUCCAAUGGCAGUAAAGCCCUCAAGCUACAAUUCGGGCUUAUUAAUUACGAGAAUCGCUAUCUAACAGCGGAGGCUUUUGGCUUCAAGAUGAACGCUUCAGCUCCGAGUCUAAAGAAGAAGCAGAUCUGGACUCUGGAGCAGGAUGAGCAGGAUGGUCAGGUGGUUUACCUGCGCAGUCACCUGGGGCGCUACCUGGCUUCCGACAAAGAUGGCAAGGUAAGCUGUGAAGCUGAAACCAAAGAGAAUGACUGCCGCUUUCUGAUUGUGGCACAGUCAGACGGGCGCUGGGCCCUGCAGUCCGAGCCAUAUCUGCGCUUCUUCGGAGGUUCAGAGGACUACUUGUCCUGCUUUGCUCAGACCAUUGGCGAGGCAGAACUAUGGGCCAUGCACCUGGCCCUGCACCCACAGGCCAAUCUGCUCAGCGUGGCCCGCAAGCGCUACGCCCAUCUAGCAUCUCCAGAGGGAGAGAUUGCUGUGGACAGUAACAUCCCUUGGGGUGUGGAUGCUCUUCUAACUCUUGUGUACAUGGAUGGCAAAUAUUGUCUUAAGACCAGUGACAGCCGCUUUCUGAGCAAUGAUGGGAAACUGUCUUCUGAAAAUGGCCGUGGGACAGGCUACACUUUGGAACUGAAAUCAGGCAAGUUGGCCUUCAAGGACUGUGAGGGGAAGUACUUGACCCCCAUGGGGCCCACUGGAACUCUGCGCUCUGGACGCUGCUCCAAACCCGGCAAAGACGAGCUGUUUGAUCUUGAGGAAAGCCAUCCGCAAGUGGUGUUUCAGGCCGCCAACAACAGAUUUGUUUCCAUCCGACAAGGAGUGAGUGUCUCAGCCAAUCAGGAUGAUGAGACAGACAUGGAGACAUUUCAAAUGGAAAUUGAUAAAGACACAAGAAAAUGCAAAUUCAGAACUAAUGAAGGGAAUUACUGGACGCUUGUCGCUCAUGGAGGCAUCCAGUCAACAGCCACAGAAGCCGGUGCCAACACCAUGUUUGACAUAGUGUGGCUCGGUCGACGGGUGGCACUGCAAGCCAGCAAUGGAAAAUACAUAUGCACUAAGAAAAAUGGCCAACUUGCUGCAGUCAGUGACUCUGUGGGUGAGGACGAGCAGUUGAUUCUGAAGCUGAUCAAUAGGCCCAUUCUGAUCCUGAGGGGAGAGAAUGGUUAUGUUUGCCACCACAAGAACUCUAAUACACUGGACGCCAAUCGUUCAGUCUAUGACAUAUUUACACUGCAGUUCAAUGACGGCACAUACCACAUUAAAGGUGCUGGUGGAAAAUUCUGGUAUGUGUCCAACAGUGGCUUGGUGUGCACUGAUGGAGACACACCUGAAGAUUUCUGCUUUGAGUUCUUAGAGCAUGGACGGAUAGCUAUAAGGGGCAAAAAUGGCAAAUAUCUGCGUGGAGACCAAGGAGGCAAUCUGAAAGGCAAUGGAGAGAAUGCAGACAGCUCCUCCCUCUGGGAAUACUGACACCAUGUGGACAUUUAAGGAACUGUCACUCACCUGUGUUAAACUCUUGGAUUUACUGACGUGAGAAAAUAAAUUGGUACAAUUAAGGUUUAAUAUUUGGACAUCUGUUUUCCCAUAUUUUUGCAUUUAAUGUAGAGUCAGUAUUUAGCAUUAUGCAUGUAUUAUUUACAAUUUCUGGUUUAUAGUCCUAUACAAAAUGAGCCUGUAUAAACAGAAUACAAACAUAACAAGAACCUAUAUCAUAUCAGCUCACUAUUGCACACUGUUAGGAAAAAUGUGUGAGGUAAUGAUCUUACAUAAAACUCGCAAAGCAUGCCAUUACUGUGGCAAAUCACUUUUAUCAUCUCUGCUCAUUUUCAAAUUGACACAUUAUAUUUCAUUACUGCUGUUUUUGUUUAUUACUUUUUUUUAUUUUAAUGACCCAUUAUUGUCUUGUCUUUCAUGCUAUUAUUUAUUAUCAUGUUAAUGUUUGUCAGUUCCAGUGAAGCUUGUUUCAUUCUCUGGGGUUACAGACUGCUGUGUUUGUAAUAUAUGGACAUACAUGGCGUUUAAAUA